UGCUGGAUCUUCUCGCGGUAACGGUAGUGUACUGCUAGCUUGCUAGCUAACUUCAUCGUUUACAGGUUUCGUGUCGACCUGAAAAACGCAAACCAAGAGAGACGCGGACAGACUUCUUAGCGGAAUACUUUUAAAAUUCAGGCUGCACCGAGGAGUGGGACAAUGCCGCACAACUUCCAGGCCGGAGACCUGGUCUUCGCUAAAAUGAAGGGGUACCCCCACUGGCCAGCCAGGGUAAGCAACAGCAGCAGCCGGAGGGGCGGAGGGGAUGAGCAUGGGACUCUGGAGAAGGUUCUCUGUGUAUCCUCGACUCUUAAGAUGGAUACAUAUCAUACACCUACAAACAUACCGGUUACUCGAUUUAUCGUUGGGUUGAUGUGCCGACUGUCAGAGUCACAGCCAGUGCACGAGCUCCAUAAUUUGAAUGGGAUGAUGUUAGCCUCAUGUUAAUCUACCGCCAAGCUAACGCUCUUAUUUGACACAACCACGGAAUAAGACAACUCCACUUUUUAGACAAGAUGCACUCUCCGUCAAAUACAAAUGAUGAACCAUGCACAGCAUAUCCGUGCAAAAUCAUACACAUAGAAAUACAUCCAUAAAGGUUUGUUUUCCUAGCGGUAGCUGCCUGAAAUACUCGGUAUGCUGAGUGCAAGAAAAAUACUGGAAAUCCAUCCACGUAAAUGUGGGUUUUUAUUAACACCAGGGCUCAGCAAUCUGGUCCAACAGCUAUAUCACAAAUCCUUCCUCCAAGAAGCCACUACAUGUUUGGUAUUUGAUGAAACGAUCAGACAGAUGAUUGUUUAUGUACUGGAGUGUGUUUCAUUUAGUCUACUUUAUCGACAGACAUGAAGAGAGACAAAAUAUUAGGAACAUUUUCCAAAUACUGUUCUCCAGUUACCAACAACUUCAACAGGUAAAAAGAAAACAGACAAUCCUCCCUGUCUGGCCAUGUCAUCAAAAAUUAAAAAGUGCAGAAGCCUCAGAAAGGUAAAAAAAUGGUAGAAGUGUUUUAUUGUGAUGCUCAGAUGUUAAUAAUGUCGUUUGAUCAGUGUGCAUCCACAGUAGUUUGUGUUUCCAGUGAUACCAACCUGAAAUACAGUUUUGUCCAAGUUGAGUCCUAUUUGUUACCUACGUAGGGUGAUUCAUUGUUAGAAAAAUCUUAUAACAUAGUAUGUUUUUCUUAUACUGACACGAGGCCUGAAGUAUAUGAAAACAAGUAAUGUUCAAUAUCGUGCUACAUAUAUAAGAAGUAGGGCCCGACCGAUAUGGAUUUUUUGGGGCCGAUACCGAUUAUUAGAGGGGAGGAAAUCCGAUUACCGAUUAAUCGGCCGAUUUUUAAAAAUUUUUAUGAAGUUAUAAAAAAUAUAUAUACUGUAGAUAUCUACAGUAUACUAUAUACUGUAGGUGUACUGUAGGCUACUGAUCCUCUCGUCGACAGAAAGACCGACUGAUCAAACUCGGACCAGAAAAGGGUUUUCAACUAGAUCUGUCACUCUGCUGCGCUGUGAGGUAGUUAGUGGAUGAAGAUUGUCAUGAGGUUGCUACAGGAUAAGUUGGAGAACUUUUCAAAUGGUGGAACAUUUUUGAAUCUUAUUCUUCACAUUUUAUUUCUGAAAAUAUUGGUGAGAAUCGGCGAGUUUUGGCCGAUUACCAAUUAGUCUCAAACUGGCUAAUAUUGGCCCAUUUAAUCAGCUCGCCAAUAAAUCGGUCGACCCUAAUAAGAAGUAUGAUAAAAAAUUCAUUAGAGAGUGUUUCAGCUAAAAGAACACACCGUUUCUUAUGUUUAUGUGAUGUUCUUAAUAUUUUUGCUCAUAACUUGUGCUUGCAACACAUCUCGCCUGAAUUGGAUAUACAUUCAUAAAAGCAGUUUUACCAUCACAAAAUUAUCGCUAACUGAUCUGAGGUUAGCAGACAGCUGACUUAAACUUUGGCUGCAUAGAAAUGGUGCAAAGCACAGCCAGAACACCCAGGGCUCUGUCUUACAGGUAAAAUGUACAUGCAGAGUGAGAAAACAUUGAUUGUGUAUACAAAUUUAUUCCCCACAAUUUAUGAAAUCGAGAUGUUUAAUGUAAUGUUGAUAAGUUUGAGAUUUAUUGUGGUUCUACACCUGAGGUUUACAAGAGUCUUGUUUGAUUCCAGAUCGAAGAUGUGGCCGAUGGGGCAGUGAAACCACCACCAAAUAAAAUCCCAAUAUUCUUCUUUGGGACUCAUGAAACGUGAGUAUAACACUAUACCGCCAGAGUUCUAGGACAGGACACAUUUUUACACUUGAUUAACUGCAAAUGCUUUUUUUAUUUUUCAACCGAUCAAAGCGUUACCAGUCUUGUGAAUUUUAAAUUAAGGCCCUCGUCACAUCUGUUUGAGAGUCAUAUCCUCUUUGUGAGCAAUGGUGCAGGACAAAAAACUAUCACCACGUUUGUCUCAUGCUCUUUCUUGAUGUUCAGGCUCUGGUCAGGGUUUCCUGUGAAGCAUCGAAUCAUGUCAGUUUGAGCAUGCAGUAUGUUCCAGAGAAAUGUGUGGAUAUUCCCGCUCUGGUAUCAGACACCAUCUGUUUGACAAGAUGGCACCUGCAGUAUACUUUUUAAUCACUAGGGGGCACAGUCUGCUGCUUCACACUCUCAAGUCAGCUCUGAGCAUCUGUAGCCAGAAAACUGAUGGUGAUAACAUAAGAAUGGUUUGAUUCAGGUAAUAAAGUUGAUUUUUUUUUUUUCACAGAGCAUUCCUCGCACCAAAGGACCUUUUUGCCUAUGAAAAGUACAGAGAGCGCUAUGGGAAACCCAACAAACGGAAGGGAUUCAAUGAAGGUUUAUGGGAAAUCCAGAACAAUCCACAUGCCUCCUACAGCGCUCCGCCUGUUGUAAGUUUUCCCCACAAAAAGAAAAACAGAAAUCCCUUCAAACCAAGAUUCAACAUGACCCCAAACCCAAAAUGUUCUGUAACCUGGUUUUUAAUCACUGUUCAACCACAGCCAGCCAGCUCCUCUGACAGCGAGGGCAACAAUGCUGGGGGAGGAAGCGACGAGGAUGAGGAGGACGAAGAAGCCGCAGUGCCUCAGAAAGCAGAGUCAGGAAGUGAGGUUGACUCUGAUUCUGGGAGUGAUGACCAAGGACGGGGUGGGGGAGUGAAAAGAAAGCCACCACCUGUUAAGGUUGUUGAUAUUUAAUUUCACCAUCAGUUGAAUGAAUCAUUUGAAUCAAACGUGCUUAUUCUUCACACAGACAUAUUCAGAUCACAUAACAUCAAGAAAACCUCUGCUUUCAACAAACAUGUACGGAAACAGUCAACAAGUUUAUCUUUGUUUUGUUUAAUUUUUCUGUAAUUUUUAAAAUCUGACUUCUAUUCACCUCGUUUUGUAUUGACCUAAAAAUACAUCUGAAUAAGCAUAAUUGUCUGAUGUUAGGGGUCCACUCUUUUGAAUGCCAAAGCAGUGUACCCCUCAUGAUUGAUUAACUGAGGUGAAUAGCAAAAUAACCUAUAAACUACAGGUUAUUUUUAUGUUGUUAAUCAGAAAUACUGAAAUCACAAGUGCUUCAUGUAACACCCACAGUUACAUUUCAUUUUAGAUUAAGUGAUUAAAUGAAAGACUUUAAGCUUAAGGAUGUUAAAAACAGUUCUCCAAAGUAUAUCUACUUCCAGACUCAUACCCUAAGUGGGCCUUUGUGAAGAACAGAAAGAGAAAUAACACUGAACAGGAAAGGGAGGAGAGACGCAAGAGCACUGUAAUCCCUUACGUUGCAGGCCUGUCUGAGAAACUCAAGAGGAUCUUUGGCAAACACCACAUUCCUGUUCAUUUCAAGCCUGGUAACACACUAAGGCAGAGGCUAGUCCAUCCCAAGGACAAAACACCGAGACAUAAACAGAGUAAUGUGGUAUAUGCUGUCCAGUGCAGCGAGGAAUGCUCAGACCUGUACAUUGGGGAAACUAAACAACCGCUUCACAAGCGCAUGGCUCAACACAGGAGAGCCACUUCCUCAGGUCAGGACUCAGCUGUCCACCUUCACUUGAAGGAUACAGGUCACUCUUUUGAGGACAGCGAUGUACAGGUGUUGGCUCGAGAAGACAGAUGGUUUGAAAGAGGAGUUAAAGAAGCCAUCUUUACCAGGCUGGAGAAACCUUCUCUGAACAGAGGGGGUGGACUCAGGCACAAUCUCUCUGGCACUUACAAUGCAGUUCUCAGCUCUCUCCCCAGAAAGCUCCACAAACAUUCACACCUGGAACCACAUGACUCAGGUGGCAUGAGUCAUGUGGUCACAUGAUAGGAGUCGCUAACGACCCUUUCAGGAUAACGACUUGGGGGGGACACACCGAGAGAUGGGUUUCUACGACCCAUUCUUUUCAACUCCAGCCAGUCGUUAACUGUCCCCCUUCUCCAGUAAGAUAAAUAUCUGCUCCUGACACUAGCACUUUUAGAACUGAAGAAGCUUCUUGGAUAAGAGGCGAAACGUCUUCUUAACUCUACACAGUCCAGUUGCCUGUUUCUAAGUCUUCAAGAUAACCAUGACCUGGAUGAAUGAGAAUCUACAUGGACAUAUUUUCUUAUCAUGGCUUGUCUCUUAUGGGAACUUCAGCAGGCAGUUUUACCACUAAAGGGAUAUUCCAGCCUGAAAUGAAUUUAGGGUCAAACACACCGUAACACUGAGUUAGACACCCCCUCGAGAGAUGGACGUUGCCGACCGCUUGCUUCUCUAGUUAUACCAAUUUUAGUAACGACCACACGAUAGCAAUACACAGCGGUCUGAGGAGCCAUAAACAAACCUCAACCAAAAAACCACUCUAUAGCCAGGAAUAAUGCUCAGAACAGCACCCAACUUCAUCAACAGUACAUAGGGUCCCAGGCAUAGCACUAGCCACCAAACAUCUUCUUAGCUUUUCCAAAGUCUGACUCCCAUUAAGAUCUGACUUAUGGGAGUCAGAUCAAACAGAUGUGACUGUUGAAACAAUUCAGUUUUGCCAUUUGAAUGAUUGUGAUUUUCUAUUUUUAGCGGCCUCCUCCUCCAAAAAAGGCGCGGGGCUCGUCCAGUGACCGAGAUGAAGAGAGCGGAUCCCCCUCUGAUUCAGAACCCACACCGUCAGAGUCUGACUCUGGAAAGAACAGCGAUCAGGUUCGAACACACAGAAACACACAGAAUGUUUUUUGCUGUAUGAUCUAAACUUAACAGCCCAUAAUGUUGAACUCUUUUUCCUCCAACAGGAUUUUACUCCAGAGAAGAAAGCCGGUGGACGAGGUGCAAAGAAGGCAGGAGGCAGAGGGAAAAAGAAGGUAACCGUCAUCCACAUUUAUCAGAAUCCUUCAAAGAUUGCUGUUGUUGUUUUUCUUCCUUUAUCUCCAACUUCAUUUCUAUCACAGAAGGCUUCGUCUGGGUCAGACUCAGAAUCCGGGUCAGGCUCAGAGAAGAAAGCAGCAGACAGUGACUCCGAGGACGAAAAGCCGCGACCGGCUCUGUCUGGCUCUGAAUCCCAGUCUGGCUCAAAGUCUGAUUCAGAUUCAGAUCCACCUCCCAAGAAGGGUCCACAAGCACGCAAGAAAGGUGAGGGUCCAGUCUCAUCCAAGAUCGGCUUGAACUACUUUGGCAUUUGUUUUACUCCUUAUCUAGAUGGACUCUGAUAUAUGCAUACAUGUUUUUUUUUUACAUCCACAGAGAAGCCUGCACCAAAGCCACGUGCACGGAAACCCAAACCAGCCCCGGCAAAACGAGCACCUUCAUCUUCCUCUGACAGCGACAGGUGAGCUCCUCUUAAGACAUUCUUAUUUUUUAUUCACUUCUCCUUCAAAUACAGCAGUGUGAAUCAUGAAGAAGAAACCGGCUAGUUAAGACAGCUCUGUUUUCCUCACAGCGACAGUGAAACCGACCACAUCAGUGAAUGGAAGAAGCGAGAUGAGGAGCGCAGACGGGAGCUGGAGGAGCGCCGGAAAAAGGAGGAGGCAGAGGAGCUCCGUAGGCUACGUGAGAGAGAGAAGGAGGAAGAAGAGAAAAAGAAAAAAGACAAGGACAAAGGUAAAAAAGGAAGCGACAGCGACAACAGCAGUAGCUCAGAUGAAGGCGUAGAUGAUCACCCGUUGAAGAAGUCCAAGAAACCCCCUCCACCUCCGAUCCCUGCGCCUUCAGACUCUGAUUCCGCACCACCAACCGAGGUACAGUCUUAAACACAGUCAGCUACAUUAUGUGUUACAUUCGGCCUUAUUCAGAGAAAUAGGCCUGCACUUUAAUUAAGGUGUUACUAAUGUUUGUACCUUGUUUUUUAAAAGUCAAAGAAACCAUCUAAGAAGCCUGAUCAGCAGAAGAAGGCAAGAAUAAAGAAAGAAAAGGAGAGGAAAGAAAGAAAGGAGAAAGAGAGGAAAGCCAGAAGGUCGGAGGAGAAGUCCAGAGCCAGGUGAGUGAACAAUGGGAAAUACACUACGGUAGGCAAACCUCAUUAGAAGAAGUUCAUUAAGAAUUCAUGCGCCCAGAUCACAGGGUUGCCUCUCCCUCUCUUUCGCUCAAACUCACUUCUUCUCUCUCAGGUCGAAGCCUGAAAAACCCAAACGCAAACCAGAGAGACAGCCAGAGAAGAAAGUGGAAAAGAAAAAGGGUCAGUGUUUUGCGAAGUCACACUCAAUUUCACAAACACCACAGCAGGCUAGAAAUCAUUGCCUGGUAGAAGCUCAUUUGCAGAGACUUAAACUGAACAACAGGUAUACAGACACACAGAUAGUUUGUAUUGAUUGUUUCUGUGAGGGGUGAGAAUGUAAUUUAGGACAAUCUCAUUAUCCUGCUUGUCCAAAUGCAGAGCCAUCACCAGAAGAGAAGCUACAGAAACUCCACACAGAUAUUAAGUUUGCACUAAAAGUGGACAACCCAGUGAGUAUUAUUCUUUAUUUUGGUUAAAUACUUUUUCACUUUCUGCAUCAGCAUGGAAGUAAGUUCCUUGUUUAUUUGUGUUUUUAGGACAUAGAGCGGUGUCUACAAGCCCUGGAAGAACUUGAGGCUGUGCCUGUUACGAGCCAAAUCCUCCAUAAGAACGCAGAAGUCAUCGCCACACUGAAAAAGGUGAUGUGUCGGUCCGCUACCUAAGAAAGUGGGGGCUCUUAUUCAGUCAAAUAUAUGUUUCAACUUAGCAAGAGGGUUGUCUAAUAAUCAUGGCUGACAGGGUAGUCUUUAUUCCCCCCAGUCUCAUCUUCCUUGAUGUUCUGUGUCUAAACUAAAAUCUAGAUUCGGCGGUAUAAAGCCAGCAAUGCAGUUAUGGAAAAAGCUAGCGAGGUCUACAACAAGUUAAAACUUCGCUUUGUGGGCAAACCGGUGGUGACAACUCAACCUAAAACAGAGGACAAGGAACCAGAAGAUGACGAGAAGCCAACAGAAAACACAGGUAGAAGUACUAAAACACAAAUGCACUGUGGUUACAUAACCGUGUUUUUCUCACAUUUGUCUGAACUUUCAUUUUCCAGUUUCUACUCCAGUGAACGGGGAAUCUGAACAGAAAAAAGAUGAUAUGGACGAGGAGGAAAAACCAAAAUCACCAACUCCAGAGGAGAAUAAUGAUGAAACGGCUUCAAGUCCAAACAGGUGAAUAUGACAUGUAAAGCAACAAAGUACAGACAGUUGACAUGAUUUGAGAGCAGAUUUGUCAUAUUUUUUUGUAAAUUACUUUUGCGCAUGAGUCUGUUUGCUAACCUUAACAAAAAAGAUGUGUGGCCUGUUAUGAUGCACAAAUUUCCACAAACUUUGUUCUUUCUAGAUUGAGUCCAGACAGCCCCGCUGAACACACUCACAUGUAUGAAGAAGCAGAAAACUCCAUCUCUGCAGAGACAGAGCCACCUGCUGUAGAAAGCUGAAUGAAAGACCCUUAACCACCUCGGGAGUGGACCAAGUGCUAAAGAUGGUGGCCUCUUUGUUCAAUGUCUUGCAGUACUCCUGACCCAGAAACAGUGCGACACACACCCAGCAUUUCCUACUGUAUCUGUUUCACUGAUGUUGAUGUUAUGGACUUUUUUGUAGUAUGAUGAUACGAAUUGAGAAGGCCCUGUUGCUUAAAAAGUUUGCUCCAUUAUUUAUCACAACUAAAAGGAAAAGCUUACUAGGGUGAUAGAUCGUGGUGCUGCAAGAACUCCUUUUGUUUCUGAGAUGUACUUAUCCUUCAGGACAACACUUGGCCCGUCCCGGACCCUCACCCUGUUACCCCCCCUUCCCCUUGCCCCGCUCUUGGCUACUUUGUCUUUCUACCACAUGAACUCCUUCUUCGGUCUUUCAUACCUUAUGUAUAUUGAAUGAUUACAUUUUUAGCACUUCUAUCCGGAGUAUACUGGGGGAAGUAUAAAAUGAAAAUUUGAUGACUUUCAAUGGGAAACUGGGCAGAAAGGAGCCAUGAUGUUAAUUUUUUCACUUGAAGAUUUUGUGCUGCCCUUGCAUCUUGUUUUAUAAAGCCUACAAAACAUCACAAAGGCCUCUUGACUGUGUGUAUGGCAUUGUGAGAAUGGUUAAGUACUAUUUGUGAGUCUUUUAUGUUAAGUAUUUUUUUAAUGCUCUGGUCAUCAUCCAGUUAAUCCAGUCAGAAAUGUAAAGCCAUCAAACGAGUCACUCUUGAACUGUUUUCCAGCUGAAGUCCACCCACUUUUUAUAGCCUUGUUUGCAAGUUAUUAAGAUAAUAACUGCUGUGGAGUUGAACAUCUUACACUCAUCUCCUCAUAGUGUCUGCUUUCAGUAGCUUGCAUAAUAUAUGGAGUAACUACAAAUUCAAACUGCCCUCAAAAGCUAUGGACCUCAUUUAGCCGCAGCAUAAUAUUUUGCCAUUUUACGUCAAACGCAUACAACAGGUGUUUUUAGUGCUAUGUAAAUUGGUAUAGCAUUUCUAUCACUGAGUUGAGACUUGAAUAAAAAUCUCAGCAUGGUG